AUGGAGGCGGGCGGCGGGGGAGGAGGGUUCAGGGACGAGCGGGUGCCGCAGUGGGGCGUGCAGGAGACGCGGGAGCUCAUCGCGGCGCGCGGGGAGCUGGAGCGCGAGGCCGCCGCCGGCCGCAGCGCCAAGACGCUCUGGGAGGCAGUGGCCGACGCGCUCCGGGCGCGCGGGUACCGCCGCACCGCCGACCAGUGCAAGUGCAAGUGGAAGAACCUCGUCAACAGAUACAAGGGGAAAGAAACAUCUGAUCCAGAAAAUGGUAGACAGUGUCCCUUCUUUGAAGAAUUACAUGCAGUCUUCACUGAACGUGCUAGAAAUAUGCAACGUCAACUCCUUCAGUCUGAAUCGGGAACUUCAGUUAAAAAGAAAUUAAAGCGACCUAGCGGUGACCGGUCAUCUGGGGAGUCUGAUGACAAUGAAUAUGGCGUUGAAGUCAGCGAUGAUGAGAAACCCAUGAUAAGCAAAAAGCGGAAGGCCAGUGAUAAGGGGCAACCAUCGCAACGAAUGGCGGAAAACUCAAGGACCGGCAGUUCAAGCAUCCAUGAUCUGUUACAGGAAUUCCUAGUGCAGCAACAGCAUGUCGAUAUGCUGUGGCAUGAGACGAUGGAGCGGCGCGCCCAGGAGCGGCUCAUUUUCGAACAAGAAUGGAGGCAGUCGAUGCAGAAGCUUGAGCAGGAGAGGCUGAUGCUGGAGCAGUCAUGGAUAGAGCGUGAGGAACAGCGAAGGAUGAGAGAAGAAGCAAGAGCUCAGAAAAGGGAUUCGCUCAUGACCACCCUGCUGAACAAACUCUUACAAGAAGAUCUAUAG